AUGGAGAAAGUGAAGGUGAAGGAGGACGCGCCAAAGAAGUCCCUUCCAUCCGCCCCCAACUGCAUUUUAGUGAAGAAAGCGCCAACCCUCAAGAAGGUGGCCGUGGCCAAGCAGCCUGCGACUCCGAAAGCGAAAGCCAAGGCGAAGGCCAAGGCGAAGGCCAACCCGCAGAACGAUAAGAUGAAGGAGAAGCUGGCGGCGGCGCCCGCGAACCUUAAAGUCUGGGUGGGCGGGUUGGCUGAAGGCACCACUUGGAAGGAGCUGGAUAAGCACAUGGCCACUGGGAUCAAGCCCAAACUCACCCACGUCUAUAAAAAUACAGGCGCCUCUAUGAGACGGAGGAUGAGGUGGCGAAUGCCUGUGGUUUGA